ACUGCCUACCAGGGAGGGGAGGCGCGAGCUCUGCGGGCAGAUACAUGGUGCUGAAUUUUUCAAGAUGUCGUCGCUGGAACAGAGGUUGUCGCGAAUCGAAGAGAAGCUAAAGCAAGAAAAUGAAGAAGCUCGGCGGAGAAUCGACCUCAACAUCGACAUGAGUCCGCAGCGGCCACGUCCGAGGCCUAUCAUCGUGAUCCAGCUCAGUCCUGCUCCAGCCCCCUCCCAGCGUGCAGCUCUCCAGCUGCCCCUGGUCAACGAUGGAGGCAGCCGCUCAUCAUCCUCAGAGAGCUCGCCUCAGCACCACCCUUACCAGAGCCGCCCGCGACACAUGCUCACCCUGCCCACGCCUCCCUAUAGCCUACAGAAGAGCCUGGAGAAUGUGGAGAUUGACCAGAAACUGCAGGAAAUCAUGAGGCAGACAGGUUACCUGAAGAUCGACGGACAGCGGUAUCCAGCAGAAGUAACUGACCUCAUCAGUGAGGGAGAGAUCGGCAGCGGGACUUGUGGACAGGUCUUCAAAGUCCGGUUCAAGAAGACGGGCCAUGUCAUCGCAGUCAAGCAAAUGCGUCGUACGGGAAACAAGGAUGAAAACAAGCGGAUCCUCAUGGACCUGGAUGUGGUGCUGAAGAGUCACGACUGCCCUUACAUCAUUCAGUGCUACGGCGCCAUAGUUACUAACACGGAUGUUUUCAUUGCGAUGGAGCUGAUGGGAACCUGUGCAGAAAAGCUGAAAAAGAGAAUCCAAGGCCCAAUCCCAGAGCGAAUCCUGGGAAAGAUGACCGUUGCAAUAGUGAAGGCGUUGUUGUAUCUGAAGGAGAAACACGGCGUCAUCCACCGCGACGUCAAACCGUCAAACAUCCUGAUCGACGCCAAGGGUCAGAUCAAACUGUGCGACUUUGGCAUCAGCGGUCGCCUCGUGGAUUCAAAGGCGAAGACUCGCAGUGCCGGCUGUGCUGCCUACAUGGCGCCUGAAAGAAUAGACCCUCCAGACCCCACCAAACCUGAUUAUGAUAUUCGAGCAGAUGUGUGGAGUCUCGGCAUUUCUCUGGUGGAGCUAGCCACAGGACAGUUUCCCUACAAGAACUGCAAGACAGACUUUGAGGUUCUGACCAAAGUGCUGCAGGAAGAUCCUCCUGUGUUGCCUCUAAGCAUGGGUUUCUCUCUCGACUUCCAGUCCUUUGUCAAAGACUGCCUCACAAAGGAUCACAGAAAAAGGCCAAAAUACCAUCAGCUGCUGGAGCACAGUUUCAUCCGGCGCUACGAGGUUCUGGAGGUGGACGUGGCCGGCUGGUUUCAGGCGGUGAUGGAGCGCACCGAGUCGCCUCGCAGCAGCCAGUGCUACAGCCAUCAACACAUGCUCCACUCGCUGCUCAGCAGGUAGCCUAACUCGGCAUCCGCCUGGCCUCCACUCGGCCCGAAAGCCAGACCGGACCGGCCGAGCUUUAGCUUCAGCCCAGGCUCGGUCCGAUCUAGUCUAGCUGUUCGCAUCGACGAACCCAUCCUGCCUGUCCACCAACCAGAGGACUCAUGAUGAACAGAUGGAGUGAUGGACAGAGGUGUGCUAAUGGAUGGAUGGAUAGCUUACUUUAAUAUUUAAUCAUGUGUAAAAUUUGGACUGGAAGAGGGACCAGAAAAAGAUGCACACUUUAGCUAGCUUCGUUCAUUCAGACAAGACGAUCUCCUCUUAUCACACACACACAAACUAUCUCCUGUACUUCCUCCAGGUUUUUGUCCUUCUAUUUGUCGGUUUCCAGCAUCGAUCAAUCAGCAGCGUAGUCACUACACACUGGAGUAAAACGUUAAAAAAACUAACGCUGCGUUAGCAAGGACAGGAAAAUUGUGCAAUUCUGAACCUUCAGGUGUUUUUACUAUCGUACGUUCUCAGGCGUAGAGUAGAUUCCCCAUAUGAAUGAACAAAUAUUUCAUAACCACCUUCACACUACAGUGCUAACACCCACAAAAAGGGAUUUUUUUUCUUCAUAUUUUUAUGUUUGUAGCAACUUUAGGCGACAUUAAUUUAUCUACAAAGUAUAACAGAAGACAAGUUAUUUUAAUUAGAAGCUGCAUCUUUGGAAAAACAAAAAAGUUCCUAAAAAAAUUAGUGUUGCACCGUAGGUUUUUAGACAUGUUUGUCUCUUGUUUUUGUGUUUAUCAGAAUGUUUUAUGAAGAGCCUAAAAAGAAGAGAGAUUAGUUGGAAAGCAAAUUGGUGGAGAGCAACUAGAAGAUUUAUUUAAGAGAAGUUGGAUUGAAAAUGGAAAGUUAGGCAAGGAGUUGGCAGAUGUUUUGUAGGUGGAGCGUCCUAUUCCAAACAUCAGUCUGUUUGACUACCUCUUCCUCUUUGUCUGCUGUUCAGUCUGCCUCAGCCCUUGAGCAAGGCAGCAUCGUUUCCAGACCAAAGGCUGCGUGCGGUUGGAUGUUCAGGAUGGAGCAGAAAGCUUCAGAUGUGACGAUUAUGGCGUUUGUUGAGCCUCUUGGAGAGACUGUCAACAUAAAACCUUUGUUUUCACACACAAACCUUUACUAAUUAACUCCAUAAAUGAGUCGAGUAAUGACAUUUUUUUAUUUUAAGCUAAAAUUUGAUUGUGCUGAAUUUUAAUUCUUUUUAAUUCUCAAAAAGAAGAAUGAACAGCAGACAUGUAAAUUUUUAAAAUAAGCCCCUUUUUAUUUCCUCUAACUUCAUUCGUUUUAAACGUAAAUAAUAUCCAUAAAUUUAAAAAAGGGUGAUUUUUAAAGUGUAUAUAUUAUCCAGGUUUCUAACUGGUCAGUCGAGAUGAGAAAGGUGACCGAUUCAUUUCUAAAAACUACUUAAGUGUUUUACGUUGACAUCUCCGACCCGGAGGAUCGUUUGUAUGAAAGCAGAUGUUGGUCCAGCAGAACCGUUCAGAGCACAUCUGCCACGGCCAAAGCCUUUAGACGUAGAGCCCAGCUUUUCACUCCCACCGAACCAAAUCACAGCUAGACGCAGAACCGAGGAGCGGCGGCGGCAGACCGGAGGAUGUUUACUGUUGGCGACACACAGGGAUGUUGUUGAGAAAAGCAGAAAAUAUGAGAGGAAAUCAAAACGACAGGAAUAUGAGGAGAGAAAUGAGGACUGAGGCGAGAAGGAAACUGGAGAGUGUGAAGAAAGUGUGAUGACAUGAUAAAGAAAAGUUGCAGGAAGGAUGCAGAUGAGACGGAGACUAGCUGGCUUCUGUAAAGAGCUUUCCUGGUGUUGCACCAACUUACCAAUUAUGAGUUUAGUUAGUGUGGCGUUCUUUUCUGUCAAACUGCAUUAUUUAUUGAUGUGUUUCUACUGCUGCUACUUUUGAUUGCUUUAGACGCUGCUGUCGCUUCUUUUCCCCAAAGUCCAAAAAACUUUAAUCGUUUGUUAUUUUUCUUGUUUAAAGCCAAAUAAAUAAUCAUGCAAUGUCUGCAUGUCUUACCAAAUACAAAAACACCAAGUCUGAGGAGAGCAAAGUUAAGUGAGAGAUGGCGAAAGGGAAGUGCUGAAAAAGAACUAACACACAACGUAAACGCACGCCUCACCUCAAACUAAGUAGGAAGUGUUUUUGAAUAACCACACCGCACUACAGCUCUGUACAGUGUACAUAUAGCUUUCAGUCCAGUCCAUCCAGUCCUCCCUCCAUCCGUCCAUCCCUCCGUCUGUCCACACCAAAGGCCACCAAAACUCGACUAACGUGCAAGAGCAAAGCUGUCAUGACUGCGUUUGUGAGGAACAUUUGUAACGCCGAGCUGCGAUACGCGUAAACUCUGUAACUAGUGGGAAAGAUUGUGUGUGUGUGUGUGUGUGUGUGUGUGUGUGUGUGUGUGUGUGUGUGAGGGGGAUGUUGUAUUAUAGCGGUGCUGUGUGUGUGUGCAGAGGGAGACUGGUGCACGACCAACAGGGGGCAGACACGCUCAACCAUCUGCUCAGGGAAUCUGAACAGAACGAGAAUCACACACACACACAAAAACGAGAAUCACACACACACACACAAAAACGAGAAUCACACACACACAGAAAAGGUUUUGUUUCUCGUUUGAGUCGCCGGAGCAGAUGUGAUGUAGAACUUCUUAACCGGCUGUAACGUUUUCACCAGAUCCAACUUGGUUUGUCCUCACUGCAGAGCGUCAGCUGCGGCUGCGUUUCCAUUGGCCAUAAAAAAUUUGCUUAAAUUAAACAAAAAUUUUAAUAACAAAACUCAAGUCUUUGGAUAGUUUUUUGCGCUAGAAUAAUGAGAAAUGGAAACUUCUUUCGCAUCAUCACACAGUUCAUCAAGUGUUGAGUUUGUCGUUCGACUCCAUCGCUCUUCAGUAAAAUCACAGACUAUAAUUUCCCCAAAACGUCGCAGAAGAAGCCUCUCCAACGUGUAAAUGGUUUAUCGCUCCAAUGCCUAAAUAAGUCGCUGACAUUUCCUCCGCUGUGGAAUUUUUAAAUAACUUACCAUGUAAACUAGCUUUUUUUUUUUUACACGUGAUUUUAAUUUCAUUUUUUUUAUGAAAACACUAUUUGUGAAACUGUUUUUCCAAUUGGAAACGCAGUUAGACUACAAUUUUUCCAAAAUGCAUCACAUAUAUAUACACAACCACUCUCACGUAUAAGCUUUGAUGUCUGCGUUUCCACUGAAUAUAUAAUGGACAAAUGGACAGUUUGACAAAUUGAAAAUAAAUUUGCUUAAUGGCAAUUUAGAAAAAAACUUUUUUGGUUAAAAAAAAAGUUUUGCUGCUUUCUUUUUUUAGCUGUAUUAAAAUGAAGUUAUUUCAAUUGUAAAAUUGGAAUUGAAAACCUUUUAUUGCGUCAUGAGUCACAUGACCAACAUCCGGAUGUUUCUACUGGCGAAAACCACAAAGAAGAAGACAGGAAAUGGUUGGAGGAUGCUAAUUUUUAAUGUCUUAUCAUGUGAAUAUGCUUAUCCACGUAUGAUUUUUAUUUGCGUUUUUUUUUUUAACAGAAACACUGCAAUUACAGUUUGGUGUUGUUUUUUUUUUGACAUUAGCAGAAAAUGUAAAACGUUUUGCUCACAUUCGUAAUGGAAACGCAGCUGCUGUUUUUGUUUGCUGCCCCCUGUUGGUUAUAAACCAGGAUUGUUGCUGUUUUCAUAUGUAGGAGACUCUUUAAGUGCAGAGUCGGUAGAUUCAGUCUCCCGCUGCUGAUUUUUAUUUUUAUUUUUUUGUGUAUUUUCCAAACGCACACAUUGCAGACACUCCCUCGAUGUUGCUGAGUGUGUUUUUUCUUUUCCCGCUCCUGAUUGGACGACGGCUCAUCCGUCGUGAAAUGUGAUGCGACUGCGUGAGAAAGUAAGAAUAAAGCUGAUAGUCUACGUUCACCAAAUGUAUAAACUAUCCCAUCCCACACAGCGACGCUUUAUGUAUAUUAGCCUGCCAGGUAAACACCAAAUGUGAGGUGUUUACCUGCCUUGGCACUGUGUGUGUGUGUGUGGGUGUGUGUGUGUGUGUGUGUGUGUGCUUUAAGUCCAUCUGUAAGUAAACCAAAUAUCAUUUUCACUAUGCAGUCAUUCAAACCAUGUCGGCUUGCUUCCUGUAAAUACAGAGUCCCAGAUGAAAGUCGGCGGCGGAGCAAGAGACGCGUUUUGAAUGAGCUGACAGAUAUUUAAGGAUUGUAUCGGGGUGGGCCGACCCGGGUUUGUAGUGUGGUGCGUUUGGGGUGGGUGGGACACAUCAGUGCUGUAAAGUACAUCAGUUGCUUGUUAUCGUAACCGCUAUAACUGCCAUUGUUUUGUUUUUCUGCUCGAGAUUGCUUCUUCCUCCUUUUUUUUGUUUUUUGUUUUCAAGACAAUGGCCGGUUGGGACGGGAUGCACAAAACUUUAUCCUUUAUUUAUGAUUUUUACACUUACAGUAUGUAUUUGUUUUUCCUCUUUUUUUGUUUUGUAUUUGAACAUUGUUGUGUACUUUAGGAAAAGAGACACUUGUUUGCCUUUUUUUUGUUGUUUUCCUCCAUGUUCUCUGUCCGUUUACUGUUUGGCUUUGAACCCAUCGCUUGUUGAUGAGCAGCAGGAGGAGGAGGAGGAACUCGAGCCUUCGUCAGCAGACGGUAGAAAAACAAAUGUCUGGUCAUCCUGUUAAUCCCCGUUUUUGUGUCAUAUUUUAUUUCCCCUGGUUGUGAGCGAGCGGAGACGCUGUGAUCUUUGUCUACCAAAUGUCUUUAUUCAGAGGGAUUAGCUUUUAAUUUUGUCCUUUGAUUUUAUUAUUCUUAAUAAUAUGAUUACAAUUUUAUUAUUAUUAUUAAUAUUAUUGUUAUUCAGGGCAAUGAUGACACCAAAUUGAACAAUUAAGAGGCUGAUCCCACACAGACUCAUCUUUUUAUUUUUUAUUAAGUGGCGAAGUGGAUUGAUGGCUUUUCUCAUCAUUCCACUAUAAUCUGCCCACUGUUAGUAUUUUUAUUAUUCUUAUUAUAUAUAUAUUUUUUCCUUUGGUAAUUAAUUUUUAUUGAUUUAUUUCUUGUAUGGGUCAUAAAUUACAUGCUGUUAUUCUCCACCGCCCCGUUUUUUACCCGUUACUUUUGUCUGAUGCUGUAGUUGUGAGCUUCUGGUGAAACGCCUGAGCUUUUUAUUAUUUUUAUUUUUAUUUAAUGCUGAGACUGUGGUGACCGAUGUUGCACUUGUGAUGGGUUUCUUAUUGCAGAAAGGAGAACAUUUUCCUCAUUUUCUUAACGUCGCAGCAGUUAUUUUAUCAAUCAUAAAGCUGUGACACGACGAGAAAAUGAUUCGACAGUGUAUUUUUCUCACUUAUUUAUUUAUUGGUCAUUUUUAUGUUUGUUUUGGUUAUGAUUUUUUGUAUGGAGGGCAAACAGGACAUGAAGAGGAGAGUAGACUCUUUGGCAUUUAACUUUUUGUGUACAGAAAGCAGAUUAUUAUUAUAUUGAACCUUCAAACUAACUUGCAGCCAUUUUUUUAAUUUAUAAAGUCUCAGCAGAAAGCAGAGCGUUAAACUGCUGAUUUUCAGUUAACCAGGUGAACCGUUUUAUAGUCCAACUCUAGCUUUACUAACAUCUCCCAGUUGAAACCUGGGCGACUUUUAAACCGUUGGUCCUGAAUGCCACUCCAUCUGUCUAUUUUUUAAAUAGAUAUUUCAACUGAUAACUGCUAUGAUAGUGAACUGAUUGCCUUGUGAAGCCCCUUUUCCCCUGCAGUCGGCGGUAAACGCCCUCGUUAAAAUAUCUAAAGUUUGUUACUUGGUCUCUGUAAAAUCCCGUCCGUCUCUUGCAUGACUUCUUCACUGGUUUGCAGGUUUGUUUUGGGACGUUGCUCCCCUCUGUUUAAGGGCCUCCUGUAUGUAAAACACACCAUGGAUAUGUUGUCUUGACAGAUCUAUCAAAUGACAAAGCUUUACUGCCCUUUUGUUUAACUUUUUCUCUCUUUUUUUGCUGUUUUAUCCUCCCCAACACCGUAGUCUCAUUUCAAACAGAAUAAAUGCCAUUAUAUUGUGAAUACCUCAGGAUUUCUUUUUUUUUUUUUUUCCUUUUUUUGAGAAAAAUAAUAAAACACUCAAAAAUCAAAUAAAUAAAAACUCAUAAAAAGC